AUGGCGUCCUCAACUGGUACUGGGUGGGCUCAACUGCGGCAACAGGCCCGGUCUCUGGAGACUCAGACCGAAAACCUCUUCCACACCUACUCGCAAUUUGCCUCGAUGACGAAGCUCCCUCCGCAACCCUCAGAAGAUGAAAUACGGACGGAAUCGCAAAUCAAAGAGCUUUUAGAAAAGCGCGACUCCCUCAUCGCCCAACUCACCCGCCUCCUCGACUCCGAAGCAACACUCACCUCCUCCGCCCUUAAACAAAACAACCUAACCCGCCACCGCGAAAUCCUCACCGAACACAAACGCGAACUCACCAGACUUACCUCCGCAAUUGCCGAAUCCCGCGACCGCGCAAACCUCCUCCACACUGUCCGCUCCGACAUCGACGCUUACAGGUCCUCAAACCCCGCUGCCGCGGAGGCGGAGUACAUGCUCGAAGAGCGGCGCCGCAUUGAUGAGAGUCACGGCGUGAUGGACGGGGUUCUGAGCCAGGCGUAUUCGAUUAACGAGAGUUUCGGACUGCAGCGGGAGACGAUUUCGAGCAUUAAUCGGCGGAUUGUGGGGGCUGCGAGCCAGGUCCCCGGGGUGAAUGCGUUGAUUGGGAAGAUUGGUAAUAAAAGGAGGAGGGAUGCGUUGAUUCUGGGAGCCUUUAUCGGGUUUUGUUUCCUGAUGUUGCUCUUGUUCCGAUGA